CAUUCAGGCAUCUGACAAAGGAAUUGUUCCUCUAACAACAGAUAAAAUUAUAACUAUAAAAAUUGCUGAUAUAAAUGAUAAUCCCCCCUCAGAUAGAAGUGACAUCAUUCUCAAGUGCCAUUCCAGAAGAUUCCAAACCUGGCACAACAGUGGCUUUAAUAAGUGUCUCUGAUUUAGACUCUGAAAUGAAUGGGAAAGUCAUGUGUUCAUUACCCCAGGACAUACCUUUCAAAUUAAUGCCAUCAUCACAAGAAAAUACAUACUCAUUAGUGACGACAUCGUCUCUUGACAGAGAAACAAUUUUUCGCUAUGACAUCACAUUAGAAGCCAAAGAUGCUGGUCAGCCACCACUGUCUACUGUUAAAUCUAUAACUGUCCAGGUAUCAGAUGUUAAUGACAAUGUUCCAGAGUUUUCUUUCUCCCCCUAUGCCUUUUAUGUGAUGGAGAAUAAUGCUCCAGGCAAAUCUGUAUUUUCUGUGUCUGCUUCUGACAAAGAUACAGGUGAAAACAGUGUAGUCAGCUACCAAAUAUGGAGGGAUGGUGCAGAAAACAGAUUUACAUCUUUUAUUAAUAUUAACUCUGAAAAUGGGGAGAUUUAUGCACUAAAGAGCUUUGAUUUUGAAAUGGUUAAAACAUUCCAGUUCCAUGUGCUCGCUACAGACUCUGGAACUCCAUCUCUGAGCAGUAACGUGACAGUGAACGUGUUCAUUCUGGAUCAGAACGACAACGUUCCAGUGAUCUUAUAUCCAGUCAGCGCUAACGGUUCUGCUGAGGGUGUGGAAGAGAUUCCCCGUAAUGUGAACGCAGGUCAUUUGGUGACUAAAGUCAGAGCCUAUGACGCAGAUAUAGGAUACAACGGCUGGUUAUUAUUUUCACUGCAGGAAGUUAGUGACCACAGUCUCUUUGGUUUGGACCGCUAUACAGGACAGAUAAGGACUCUUCGCUCAUUCACAGAAACAGACGAGGCCCAGCAUAAAUUGCUCGUACUGGUCAAAGACAAUGGGAACGUUUCACUCUCAGCAACAGCGACUGUGAUUGUCAAAGUUGUGGAGCCCAAAGAGGCUUUUGCAGCUUCUGAUGUGAAAAACGCAGUAAAAGAUGAAGGAGGAAAACAACGUGACAUUUUAUUUGAUCAUCACUUUGGGCUCGGUUUCAGUGCUUUUUGUCAUCAGCAUCAUCGUGUUGAUUGUAAUGCAGUGCUCUAAAUCGACAGACUAUUCAUCCAAGUAUUUACAGGAUACAAAUUACGACGGGACUCUGUGUCACAGCAUCCAGUACAGAUCUGGAGACAAACGGUACAUGUUAGUUGGACCCAGAAUGAGU